UCCAAUCAAAUACUGACUCACGCAGAAGGCAUAUGCCAUAUCUUGCCACAUCUUGGCUAAUACAUAUAUAUAAAUACACAUACAUAUAUAUUAACCAAGAUUAAACAAGCUGAUGAGAAAUCUUGGUUAUUGUGCCAAAUCGUGGGCCUUCCCCUAUUAACAUUCAAUCAGUCAUUCUGAUGCCAGCCAAUGAAUGGUGGAGAGAGAUGGAGGAGGACGGAGCUGCUAGACGGAGCGUUUUGACGCGCUGAGAGGAGGACAGAGCGUCACAUCUCUCCAAACGCCCAUCAAACUUUCAUCACAGCCUGUAGAGAGGACCCAGUCCUCUGAAAGAGGCCUGUUAGAGAAAACAAGGACACGCUGGAUUCUGGGCAGACGGCUGGACAACGAUGGAGACACUACUGGCGAUGACUUUUGGUACAGUUUGACCCUGCUGUGAAUUUCCCUCCAAACAACGUGUUCAGUUUUUUUUUCCGUCCUUCUUGCGACAGAGCGACGGGGAUGGAGCAAGCACCCAGCGCGCCGAGCCCUCCUCCCAAACCGGCCCAUCACGAGCCCAUAAGCUUCGGCAUCGACCAGAUCCUGGGAGCCAGUACAGAGCCAGAAAACGGGCGCACGACUGGAAGACAAAGUGGAACCGAUUUAAGCAACGGGGACAGUUAUUACAGUUUAGGAAGCCCGACCGGGGCGAGCGCGCCCUCAUACACCGCGCUGUCUAUUUCCCUCUCCGGCAUUAUGCCACCGGUGGAGGCUUCAGGUUCAUACGCGGAGAGCAGGAGUCUGGGCAGUCGGGGAGUGAUUCGAGUCCCGGCCCACAGACCCAUGACAGCUCCGGGACCCCCGACCCCCGUGCAGAGCGCUGUCCCUGGGUUUGGAGGACUGUGCUUCCCCUGGAUAGGAAACAGGUUCGCCAAGGAGAGAAUAUCAGCUGCUCUGGUUCCGUUCGCCGUUACGCGGCGGAUAGGACACCCGUACCAGAACCGGACACCUCCCAAACGGAAAAAGCCCCGCACGUCCUUCUCCAGGGUUCAGAUUUGCGAGCUGGAGAAGCGCUUCCACCGGCAGAAGUACCUGGCCAGCGCUGAGCGGGCAGCUCUGGCCAAGAGUCUGAAGAUGACAGACGCCCAGGUCAAAACCUGGUUCCAGAACCGCAGGACCAAGUGGAGGAGACAGACAGCAGAGGAGAGGGAGGCGGAGCGUCAGCAGGCCAAUCGCCUCAUCCUGCAGCUGCAGCAGUCCGCCCUCCAGAAGUCCCUCAGCGAAUCAGCGGUGUCGGAUCCACUGUGCGCCCAUAACUCCUCCCUGUAUGCCUUGCAGAACCUCCAGCCGUGGGCCGAGGACAGGGAAUAGGGACCAGACACAACGCUCUAAUCAAUAAGCAUAAACUAUUAUCCCUGGGAGGAUAGAUGAAUUCAAUUAGUCCUACAGUGGGGCUUACUUUGAUCCAUGAAAUGGAGAAAAAAAAAAUGUUGGCCCAGAAAAACUGAAGAAUGAGUCACAGCCUUUUGAUGUGGAUGGUUGUGACGUGGACCUGAAAUGAUGGUGAGUGACGCCUCUCUUGAAGCAGAAACCUUUUUUGGAAUAAUUCUUGCAACUCUGUACUUGGGAACAACGAGACUUUUUCAGAUCCAAAAAGGAAACUGAACAUGUCAUGAAUAUUUCUUGUCACCUUGUGAUCGUUCUUGUUAUGCUUGUACUUAUUCUUUUUAGCAGAAUAAGACGCAGAAAGACAGUUUGCCCCAUAGGCAUGAAAAGAGGCAGGAAAUUCUCUAUCAUGAGACACAACACGAUCGAGUGAAGUUUGUUUCUGUCAAUACAAUCGUCUCCUUAAUCUGAAACAGGCUUUGCUGCAUUUUUGAAAAGGCCAGAUAAAUACAAGGCCUCACUAUAUUAGGCUGUUUGCAUAAAAAAUGUGUUAUACAGUUUUAAAUGAAUCAAAGUAAAAAUGCCAUCACAAAAAUUCAGAUAAAAACUGAUUCAGAGAUUUUAUUUUUUUUCCCCUCCCUCUCUUUCUUCCAGUCUGUACCCGCUCCAAAUACACUGCACCACCUCAUUCACCUGUACAUACACAGGUGUGGUGCACCACCAUAAUCCGGGAAAAUUGAUGCCCAAAAAAUGUUACAUUAUGGGGGAAAUGCUUGUGAGCAGUAAUACAAGGGAAAUAGAUGUCAGGAUGAGAGGGGAGAGAAGUGAGGAAAAUAUGAAAGAGGCUGUAAGUUGGGUAAUAAAAGGAGUGAUGCAUGUUCAGUGAUGGUGGUGACGUUUUUUCAUAUGCACAUUACUUGCUUUAUUUGUGGGCCGUGUGCUUUGGGAUUAAGGCACGAAUAUACAACUCUUUUUGUACUUUCAUUGUAUACGUGUAAAUAAC